AUGUUGGCAUCCAUGGCUACCCAACUCCAAAUCCAAACCCACUUACAACCCUCAACGUUUUCUUCACAAAGCCUCCAGCUUAAACCCCUUAAAACCCCUAUAUUUUCUAUCACACCAAAACCUUCUUGUUUUCACUUAAAAUCCCUUUCUGCUCUCAAAACCCCAGCAAGACUCAAAAUUUCUGCUUCAAGAGCUCAACAAACACUCCCUGUAGAAGAGCAAGAAGAAGAAACAUCCACUGGGAAAGAGAAGCUUGGAGUGGUGGUGAAGCCAAUGGAGAAACCAAGAGUAGUAUUGAAGUUCAUUUGGAUGGAAAAGGUAAUUGGAAUUGCACUAAACCAAGUGAUACCAGGCCAUGGCACAAUCCCUUUGAGUCCCUACUACUUUUGGCCCAAGGAAGAUGCUUGGGAGCAGCUUAGACUAUUGCUGGAAGGCAAGCCAUGGAUAUCACUGAAGCAAAUGCAUGUUCUUCUCAAUCAGGCUACUGAUAUAAUUGAAUUGUGGCAGGAAACAGGUUCCAGUUUAUAG